GUGUGGCAGAAACAAAAGCUCUUUUACAUUAAUAUUCAACUGUACCUUUGUUUCUAGCUGCGUGUCAUUUUUAUCAAUCCAUUGCGCAAGUUUACAAGGCAGUUAUGAUUUUUUGUUUGUAAUAUGGAAUUGAGUACGACAAUUCUCAAGUCUUGCUGUGCCCCUCGCCUUAGUUUCUUUGCGCAGUCGGUCUACUAUUCAUUCAUGUAAUUAUACCAAAAUUUUGUUGAGUUGAUUGAUUGGCUAUAUCACUACGAGUAUAGUUAUAGAAAUUCUUGCUUCACAGUGGUUAUUUCGGAAUUUGACUUGCCAAAUUAUUCACUUCACGUUUGUAUUUGUUGGAAUGAUUGCGGCACUGUUUCCACGAGAAAGCCGCAGUCCAGUGAUUAAUUCGACGUUUUAUCUCCUCUCCUCAAUCUUAAGGAUACAUAAGUACAUAUACUCAGCCCUCCGAAUUUGAUACAUUCGAUCCUUUUCGCUAUUUGAUUUCCUGGUUAAUAAAAAGGAGUCUCAUCCACCAGCACCACCACCACAUCAACUCCGCUUUUGCAUCAACAUGUACCAUCAAGAACUGAAACGAAUGUUGCGCUCCAUUGCUUAUGUGCUUUCCAUCUCAACUGUCAUCAAGGCUCAAACGCUCGUCGGUUGUGAUUCUGUGAACUGCGUCACUCAGUAUAAUCCACCCUUAUGCCCAAUCAAUAAUAUUACACUUUCCGUGAUCGGAAUCACUUCAUUUAAUACUUCGGUCGAUCCAUCACCAUUUACCUGGACAUUAGGGAUUCAAGAAUCCGAAGAAACAGUUGAACAUUCUGUCCCAACCACGCAUCUCAAGCAUCGUCAAACCUCUUCGUCUCCUACAGGCCCUGUUAAACCCACUGCCACUUCCUUCUUCAACAUAACCUUGAGCCGGGAUUUUUAUCUUGGAACUCCUCCGACAAUAAAUUUGACCUCGGGAUCAAGCACCCAUGUAUGCGCACUGUUCUUCGAUGGAAUAGCAUCAGAUUUAACAUUUGGAACCAGCGCUACAGGAACAUGCAAUGAUGCUCUGACAGCGUCUUGUGUUGAUGACCUAUUAGCUCAAUCUCAAUCUCAGAUGGCCAAAAUUUUGUCAGGUACCCCGAAUGCUCAGAAUGAAACAAAUAUUUGCAAUGCGCUACAAUCAGCCAUUAAAUCUCAAGUUCCGGCAUCUUGUACUGCGGCAAAGGGUGGUAGCUGGGGAGAUAUUGUUGCACAAGGCUUGAGCUCCCCAAUUUCUCCACCAAGCACACUUAAAUCACCUGAUUGUAUCCCAACAACUGGAGAGAAUUACGAGUUAUCUUUAAUCCACAACACCACGUCCUCGAGUAUAGUAGAUGUCGCUCACUUUGCUUUACUCUCAGACCUCGCAAAGGGCGCAUUUUAUAAUGGCAUUACCCCGAUCCUCACAGUUUUAUGGAACACGUCGAGUUCUAAUGAUGCCUCGUCUAUCACUGCUAGUGCGGAGUCACAUUUGAGUUGUUUGAAAGUGGUAGAAAGUACAAAUGGGGAGGUUGGGGGGGACACUUCUUCACCUCCUAAAUCCGAAGGCUCGAUUAUGGGUAUUGAUAAGUACUAGAGCUGGGGAAUAGUGACGGUAGUUUGGGGAUGGAUUAUGUUUUGUUAGUGGUGAGGGUGUAUAUCUG